CACAACAGAGGCAACUCAAGCUCGUCCAGAUUGUCCUGAACGCACCUCUAUGUGCUUGAAAUGUGAGGCAAUUACUUUUUUCCCCACUUAUCGCCUAUUUUGACCACCCUUACCUGCACACAAUGGCGAAAUAUCAGUCCCGSUUGUACUUUAAUCUCUCGACCGUAAGGGACUGUCACUGCUUUUGUUKCUCGUGUUGUUGGAGCCUCGGCUAAAUUAGCUAACGCUGCUGUUUUUUUUACUUCAAUGUCGACUCGUUGCUGCGGGGCAGAAAACCGCAAAAACAACGAGGUAACUCGGAAGCAAAAAUGCUGCAUAGGUUUCGGACGAAGCAACUCAGGCAAAAUGUUAUUUGUAUCUGCGGUUAAGGUCAGCUAGCACGAUCAAAAYAGUGUUUUCUGCACCCAACUUUAGCGUUAUUAUUGCUGUCUGCAUGUUUUUUGAGAUGGAGCAGCAGACAGGCAGCGGGGUGACUUUUGUUCAGCAUCUGUUGGAGUGAAAAGGGAAACAUCAUGUCUUGCAAAGCCGCAACCAAGGACAAGAAGUCGAGCUUCAGCAAGAAGCUGUUCAGACGAGGCUCUGUCCGGUCUGUGGGCAGUUUCAUGAGCAGAAUCCUGAGGACACUGACAGCCUUAUCACACUUUGGAUCUGAAGUGCAGACCGAGGACGACAAGGACGAUGGAGGCUUUUCCACUUUUAAAUCCGGAAACAAAGAUGCUCCCAUGGAGGAUGGGGAUCUGGGAGGGUUUCUGUCCGGGGAGAGAGUCCCAGGAGUGUCGGGUCUGAAAAACCACGGGAAUACCUGCUUUAUGAACGCGAUCCUGCAGUGCCUCAGCAACACCGAGCUCUUCGCCGAGUACCUGGUUCUGGAGCACUAUAAAGGCGAGGAGCCGGAUGAGGACAAGCCAAAGACAAACGGURUGCAUCUGCAGAAGAAAGGACCUCUGGGUAAAGGAGAAGUGACCGAACAACUGUCAGGACUCGUCAGGGCUUUGUGGACAUUUGAGUACACACCUCAGCAUAGCAGGGACUUUAAGAAUGCAGUGUCAAAAAAUGCCACCCAGUUUAAAGGGAACGCUCAGCAUGACGCUCAAGAGUUUCUGCUGUGGCUGCUGGACAGAGUUCACGAGGACCUAAACACUCCAAACCCCAACAGCAGGCCUGCCAUAAAGCCACCUAUUGAAGAAGACGACCAAAGCCUAGAGGGGCCAUCUCCUCCCCUCUCUGCUGGGUCUUUCGUGCAGGAACUGUUUCAGGCGCAGUACAGGUCUUCUCUUACCUGCCCACAUUGUCAAAAACAGAGCAACACCUUUGAUCCCUUCCUCUGUAUCUCCUUACCAAUCCCUCUGCCACACACACGUCCCUUGUAUGUGACGGUGGUCUACCAGGGGAAGUACUCCCACUGCAUCCGGAUUGGAGUUGCUGUCCCUCUCAAAAGCACCAUCUACCGCCUCCGAGAUGCUGUGUCACGUGAAACCAAGAUCCCAGUGGACCAGUUUGUUUUGACGGAAAUGUACUACGAUGGCUUCCAUCGAUCAUUUUGUGACGACGACGACGAUCUCAACGUCAUUCAAGAGAGUGAUUCCAUCUUUGCCUUUGAGACACCAGAGACCUUCAAACUGGAAAGCUUACGCACAAAAAGAGGAAGCCUUCUGGCAAACCUGAACCACAAUAACUUAAAGUACGGAGCCGAAAUCAGCAGGACUCCGUCCUUCAUGCAGGGGGCUAUGACUCCUGUAACUGGAUCCCCCAAUAAAAACUUGGGGCCGGAAAAAAUGAUCCUUUUGGUGUGUAACAGAGCGUGUACUGGCCACCAGGCCAAAAGGUUUGGCCUUCCUUUUGUACUUUACAUGGAGCGCACUGUGACCUGGGAUGCUUUACAAAAAGAGAUCCUGGAAAAAAUGCGCCAUCUUUUGAGACCUGGGGUUUACGUUCAGGUUGGACCGUUCAGUCUUCGGGUGGUUGGUGUUGUUGGUAUUACCUACCUCCUUCCUCAAGAUGAGAGACCACUGUGUCAUCCAACUGUUGAAAGAGCAUACAAGUCCUGUGGACAAGGGGGGCCUCCACAUGUAAAGAUUGUUGUCGAGUGGGACAAAGAGACCAAGGACUAUUUGUUUGGACACACCGAGGAGGAGUAUAUUCCAGAUGCUGAGAGCGUUUAUCUGCACAGACAGCAGCACCAUCAGCCUCAGGCCUGCAGUCUCGCUCAGUGCUUACAGCUUUACACCAAGGAAGAACAGCUGGCCCCGGACGAUGCCUGGCGCUGUCCCCACUGCAAGCAGCUGCAGCAGGGCCGGAUAAAGCUCAGCUUGUGGACGCUGCCGGAUGUGCUUAUCUUGCAUCUCAAGAGGUUCAGACAGGAGGGCGACCGGAGGGUGAAGAUGCAGAACAUGGUGAAGUUCCCGCUGAUGGGGAUGGACAUGGCUCCACAUGUAGUCAAACGAAGCCAGAGCAGCUGGAGUUUACCCUCCCAUUGGUCGCCAUGGAGACGGUCCUACGGCCUUGGAAGGAACCCCGAUGACUUCCUUUACGACCUGUACGCUGUGUGCAACCAUCAUGGCAAUAUGCACGGAGGCCACUACACUGCUUACUGCAAAAACUCUAUUGAUGGUCARUGGUACUGCUUUGAUGACAGUGAGGUUUCACCAGUAGCUGAUGAUAAUGUUUGUCAGCAGACAGCCUAUAUACUGUUCUAUCAAAGGAGAACUGCUAUUCCCUCCUGGUCGGCCAACAGCUCUGUUGCUGGUUCCACCAGUUCCUCCCUGUGUGAUCACUGGAUCAACAGGUUGCCCGGCAGCAGACCUGCGAGCCUGGCCUCAGGAGCCUCUUCCAGACGCACCUCUCUGGCUUCACUGGCUGAGUCAGUAGAGUUUCCUGCAGARCGUAAUGAGGAUGAUGGAGGAUUCUCUGUCAGGCCGUUUGUGAGAAGUAUUCAGCGUCAGAGCUUGUCCUCCAGAUCAUCUAUUGCCAGUCCUUUAGCCUUCAGUGACAGUGGGAUAAAGCCCUCUUGGUCUCUCUCUGCCAAGCUGCAAAUGAGAUCCAACUCCCCUUCGCGUUUCUCCCUCGACUCCCGAUGUUCUCCUCCUCUGGAGAGGAUCGGAGAGGCGUGCGAUGAUAAAGUUUCCACCUCUUGCUUUGGCAGCUACAGUAGGCACGAGCGGUACUUUGGCAGCAGGACGCCUUUGUCCAUGAUGGAGAGCAACUUCAGUGACAGUGACAACAGCAAAAGAUUCAUAGACAUGAUGUACUGCAGGGCUCCCACUCCAGUAGAAAAGAAAAGCAACAAAAGCGAAGCAACAGAAAACAACAACGAGAUUACAGCUGUAGACCAAAACAUGCUAUCCACUCAAGCCACUCCCUCCAAAGAGCAGAAACGGAAGAGUAGCAUUGGAGGAUUUGCCCUAAAGCCUGAAAGCACAGCUCCUCCAAAAAGUUCCAGCAAAACAGAACAAGAAAAGAYCUCGAAAAAACGUCUGUGCUAUACCAAUAAGACCCCAGCUACAGAUGUGUCUUCCAGUACACCUACAAAAAGCAAAAAGGUGAGCAGUUCUAAAGAGAAGACUGUAAACACAAAGAAAAGCACCUCAACACCGAGCGGAACUCCCUCCAAAACAAAAGACUCUAAUAAACCUGUAGAGGCCACGCCACAACAUAAGCCAUGCGUUCGCUCCACGCCUCAGUCUUCAGCUUCUCCCUCACCUACUGCGAAGAAGAAUUUGGGUACAGCUGAGAAAAGCGCCGCAGGCAGCCGCAAACGACUGGUAGAAAGGAGUUGCAGCAGAGACUCCAUGCACACCAGCCCUCUGGUCGACAGCCUCCGAGGCAGCUGCGCAGCUCGUUCCUCGCUUUCCAAGAACGGGGACGGCAACCGGCUCGAGAAGAGGUCCGUGAGGAGCUCCAGCAGCAGUUCUUCCGUCACWAGCCUGCGCUCGCCCAGCGUGUCCACCAGAGACCUGCAGCGGAGCAGCAAAUCCGAGGAGAAAGGGUUGUCUUUCUUCAAGAGCGCCCUUCGACAGAGAGAGAGUCGCCGGUCGGCCGAUUUAGGGAAAAGCGCCAUGCUUAACAAAAAAACCUCAGAAAGGACAUGCAAGCAGAACGGACAAGCYAAGGAGGUAGAUGGUGAUGAGCGAAAGGCUGGAGAUGCGGUGUCUUCUCAAACAGAAACUCACGAAGGUGAGUCAAAACCAGAUAAACAGGAGUCUUCCAAACCCCCCAGCUCUCUCAGUCGCACCCUACUAAGYGUUGGGAAGUCCAAGUCUUCCACCUCCGUUGUAAGCAGCAAGUCUCCCACUAACGGAAAGAAGCCUCUUGAAAGAAUGGCGUCUUCCCGAAAGCUGCCAUCAAGCAUGCAGUCUCCUGCACGAACCUCACAGAGGCCUCAGUGAUACAUCUGUGGUAAAUAUGUUGAGCAAUCAAAAUGCAGCUAGUUACUUUGUGCCUAGACUUUCAGUUAGCACCAGACGUAUUGGAGACACGUUUUUUGAUGUUAUGGUUUUGUAACGUAGCCCACWGUACAUACUGUUGUCUCUGAGUAUUAGCAUCCACCUCAGAGUUUUGGCUAAAGUAACUGUGGUGCACAACUUACUUUAGGUAAGCUCGUGUGACCAGAUUAUUUUGGCAACGGCAGCUGUAUAAACUUAAAAAAUUAGGGUCCAAGAAACAUCCACCAAGUAUAUGCUGAUAGUGCGUAAAAUGAAACAUCUUCUUCCCACUUUGCUAUUUUUCAGUUAAAACAGGCCGACUGGUGAUGCCCACAGAGUGCCGCUGGUCUUUAAGCUAUUUAAACACAACCAUAACAUCAAAAUUAGCCUCUGAUACUGAUUCUGAGUUGUUACGUUCGUGAACAUGCACACAGAUUUAAGAGUUUCAUUCCAAAAAGGAAUUUGGCUAAACAUGAUUUAAUUUUUCAUUGAUGAUUUUAAAGCAAACUGAAUUUUGUCACGUGCGUUUGUCAGUAAUGGUCUCGUACAUUUUUUUUAAAUCAAAAACAUGAGGAAGACUCAGUACCGUAAACAAAUGUGAGUAAAACAACACUAAGGGAAUGGAGAGUUUUAGGAUUACUAUAAGGAGCAUUGUGAUGAGCAUGGACCAAAACAAAGGUUAGAGAAUGAGGAAGAAUUCCUCCAAAAAUGAAACUUUUUUUAAAAAUUUGUUUUGAUAGAAUGCUAUUUUAAUGAAAUUCUCUUUAAAGUUACAGUACACGCAGUAUAUUUUCUGUAACAAAGAAGAUGGUGUUUUGGAAUGAAACCCUUUAAAAUCCGGUUCUAUAAAUCUAUCUAGGUGUGUCUGUACACAUCGAUGGACAGUGAAUUGUACAGAAMCUGUUCAUUUUUUCUCUUUUUUUUCCAUGAGCAAGAUGAAAAUAAUCUUAAAGCGCCUUUCAAUGCUGCACAUGGAAAGAAAUAAUUCUUUAAUUGUAUGCAUCACUGGUAGGAAUGUUGUUUUUGGUAGCACUUUUUACAGAUAACGUAUGAUAGUUAUUCUAGAAUAAUCCUUUCAGUGGUUUUCAGAUAUGUUGUAGUCAAUGGCCUUAGACUUGAAAUGGUAAAAGGGUACAUUCAUCUCAAUGUUUCAGGGGUCAUUUUACAGUCAUUUCUCCUGUAAUACACCUGGUGCUGUAACAGGACAGUGCUCCACCAGCACUGACGUUUUUUUUAAUAAUCAAAACUGCAAACACACAUUUCAGUCGGAAGUGCUUUAUCRUCUUUACCUCAGAGAAGAUCUAGUAAAUCGAACGGCUCAUAAUAAAAAUAAAAAAAUAAAUAUAAUGCAGAAUGCUGAACAUUCUGAAUCAUCAAAAGGUACACAACAGUUUCACAGUAAAAUGCUAGAAGCRAAGUUAAAAGAGAGAUUAUUGUCACUGCAGAUAUCUUGGCCGGCUUUGACUUAAUCGUAAAACUGACCCACCUCUCCUUAGAAAACUCACAUCAGAUACCAGCUUUGUUUUAGAACAUCGAGUGUGGGUAAACGAUUAAAACUGAAACMACAGAAUCACUUAAAAUCAAGAUGUUUUGUUAAAUCUUUGUAUCAGUAGCAUUUAUCAGGUUUACACUUCUCAGAAUGUUUGAGGAAAUACCACCUAAUUAAACYGUUUUAUUUAAAUGGCCUGUACACAGUUUUAGAUUCAAAACUGUUGUAUAGUAAUAUUUUAUUUAAUUUACUUUUCUAUAGACAGGUAAUCUCAUUGAGACAGGUAGUCUUUUUUAUACGAAAGACCUGUAACACAAACACAUGGUGUCAGUUACACAAAAUCAUAAAACUCUGUGUGUAUUUCCCUUUUGAAAGCAAAUUAGAUGCAAUAACUGUUUUAUGCAACCUCAUAUUAUUUGUUUCUCCGAGUCACCAGUACAUCACUGUCAGAUUAAAUUACUGUUUGAUAAAACAAAAUUAGUAUGUACAAGAACCUUUUUUGUGUCUAGGCACAAACAAAGUCUGCAGUUUAACAUUUCAAAAGGUUUCUGUUCAAAAUCUAAAACCAGAUGCAGGCCUGACAUUUUGAAGAAAAUCAUCCUGCUUAUUAAAACAGUWAAGUUUUUAGGUUUGUUUCUGCUGGAAUUAUUAUUUUUAUUAUUUUCCCUGUMUGAGCAUCAUUUUACUUGUAACUGAUUGUGUCACAGGCCAUAGAAGUAAGACAUGUUAUGUUUAAUUAUGAUGGGUUUCCUGUAGCUGCAUUUUUAAACAUUUCUCUAUCAGGAACAUGUGCAUGGCACUUUGGCUUUAAAGCAGGACAAGUUUCUGUUUUUUUUUUUUUUUUGUUUUUUUGUUUUACACCUUGUUCCAAAGUCUGUGAGUUAUUGUCUGUUUGCAUUUUAGAGCUCAUCUAUUACUUAUUGGCCAUGUCAAAGUGUAAAAAACAAAACAAAACAUACAUUUAUGUAACUAAAACCUAAUCCUUGACGCUGUGAUUCCCCAUAUUUUGGAUACUUUUGUUUUUAUUAAGGAAUGUAGUUGGCUGUCUGACAAUCUAAAACGAUAUAUAUAUUAUUAAUCAUUUAACAUGUAAAUAUAGAUUAGAGAUUUAAGUCACACUAUUUUGCCAAACUUUGUGGCCCCUUUUUUUAAGGAAUUAAUACAAAAAGCAACCUCUU